CCAGCGUCGCGUGCGAGGCUCGGUCCUGUCCUCCAGCGCCCCCAGGCCUCGCCCCGCCUCGCCCCGCCUCCCGGGCGAGAUGUUUGUCCUCGGGCCUCGGCCUCAGUUUCUGCGCCUCGUCCUUUUCUCCAGCCCCUCCACUCCUGCCGGGCUUCCGCGCCGGGACCCGACCCCAGGCUGGUACAGCCCGGGACCCAACCACAGCCCUUGCGGAGGGAGGUCAGACUUCUCGGCCGGCCACGGAGGUCACGGUCUGCGCCCUCCCGACGCCCCCUCCGCUUCGUCGACCCCCGGGGUCGUCCUGGCGUCGCUUCAGCCGGAAGCGGAAAUGAAUGUCGGCGGGAUUAUGGCGACUCUGUCCGACCUGCCGGACUCAGUCAUGUUAGAAAUCUUCUCUUACCUCCCGGUCCGGGACCGAAUCCGCGUCUCGAGGGUCUGUCACCGCUGGAAGAGACUGGUGGACGACCGGUGGCUGUGGCGACACGUCGAUCUGACGCUCUACACGAUGCGGCCUAAGGUCUUGUGGCACCUCCUUCGCCGGUACAUGGCAUCGCGGCUCUAUUCCCUGCGGAUGGGCGGCUACCUGUUCUCUGGCUCCCGGGCCCCCCAGUUGUCCCCGGCCCUGAUGAGGGCCCUGGGUCAGAAGUGCCCCAACCUGAAGCGCCUUUGCCUGCACGUUGCUGACCUCACCAUGGUGCCUAUUGCCAGCCUGCCCUGCACCCUGCAGACCCUGGAGCUGCACAGCUGUGAGAUCUCCAUGUCCUGGCUCCUCCGGGAGCAGGACCCCACGGUGCUGCCUCUGCUCGAGUGCAUCGUGCUGGACCGUGUCCCCGCCUUCCGUGACGAGCUUCUGCUGGGCCUGACGCGCUUCCGGGCCCUGCGCUCGCUGGUGCUGGGUGGCACCUACCGGGUGACCGAGACGGGGCUGGAUGCCAGCCUGCAGGAGCUGAGCUACCUGCAGAGGCUCGAGGUGCUGGGCUCUACCCUCUCGGCCGAUGGCAUCCUCCUGGCCAUCAGCCGUCACCUCCGCGACGUACGCAAGAUCCGACUGAGCGUCAGGGGCCUCUCUGCCCCGGGCCUGGCCGUCCUGGAGGGCAUGCCAGCCCUAGAGAGUCUGUGCUUACAGGGGCCCCUCGUCACCCCGGAGAUGCCCUCCCCUGCUGAGAUCGUCUCCUCCUGCCUCACCAUGCCCAAGCUCCGAGUCCUUGAGCUGCAGGGGCUGGGGUGGGAGGGCCAGGAGGCUGAGCGGGUUCUGUGUCAGGGGCUGCCCCACUGUGUGGUCAUCGUCAGGGCCUGUCCCAAGGAGUCCAUGGACUGGUGGAUGUGACGGUCCCACUUCUGGGACCCCUUCCAGCUGUACUCUGCAAGGGGACAGAUAAUCAGGCUUGAGGGCCUGAAGGGCACUGGUCAGUGGGACUGAGCCCUUGAGGCUUCCGAAACAGUUGGAAUUAGUGCUUCCCAGCUGUGCGACCUCAGUCCUAUCAGCCAGCCUCUUAGGCCUAGUUUCCACGUCCGGAAUAGAGAAAACCACACUUACCUCAUGAUUGUAUCAAAAAGCUUUUUUUUUUUUUUUUGACUUUCCAGAGGGCAUGUGUGCUCCCUGGAGAGAGACAGGGAAAGU